ACAUGCAUAAUGAAGAAAUGUAACGUUAACUCUGACAUCGAGCAACACAACAUACAUGCAGUGCAUAUUGUUGUUAGUUGAUACACGAGUUGGACACCGCGCGCUAGCUAAGAUUUUAAUGAAGUCAGCGUUCUAAGCAUUAAACGCGAAAUGAAAACAAACGUAACACCGACGUGCGUUUCAGGUCGUCGUGGAACGAAACGCAAAGCGGAGGUUGAGGAGGCAGAAGAGGAGAAACUAUUCGUGGAGGAGAAGAAGGACACAGGAGACGGGGAGAAUAAGGACAGAGACCCAAAGGUGGUCAUUGAACACUGUAAGAGCUGACGGGUGUAUGGGCGUAAUGCCGAGGAGGUGAAAUCUGCCCUCCUGGCUGUCCAUCCUGAACUGAUUGUGGUCCUCAACCCGGAGAAACCUCGCAGGAAAUGCUUUGAGAUCACCUUGCUGGAUGCAGGCAAAGAAACCUCUCUGUGGACUGGAAUAAAGAGGGGUCCUCCUGCCAGGCUCAAGUUUCCUCCACCUGAUGUCAUAGUCGCUGCUCUGCAGGAGGCUCUGAAAGAUGAGUAGACGCCCAGUGAAGCCAUGAGUUCAGGAGGUGAGCGCCAUGGAAGCAAAAUGACGAAGAGAGACCAAUGGGAUCUUCCCAGUCUCUCCUCUGAUGGUGUAAGCUCCAACAUCUCACGUCUCCUGGAUGCAUGGGGACACCUAGUGGAGGGUCUCUGAGCUGAUAAAUUUCUAAACUGCAAAGUGCUUCUACAAAAAAAAAACAAUAUAUGUGUCAACAGUUUAUUGUGCUUUCAAAUAUUGUUUUUAGUAAAUAAAGUGUAUUUUCUUCUCAA